AUGUUAAGUUUGUACAAAUACACACAUUUUAACAAGACGGCUCCGGUGCUUGGCCGAACUGAAGGAGGAGAAGAGACGAAAGCAGCGAGGCUCCCUCUUUCUCGUCCGGCGAUUGCAGACUCAUCGCAUCCGAGUGGCAUGCUCCUGUGGUCGUCUAGACCGAAGAAAAGGAACGGUCCAUGGGUGUCGAGAGCAGCAGCAGCGACGAGGAACAAGGAAAAAGCAAGUGAAGGCGUGAUGUUGGUGACUUUGUGUGUAUCUUUCACUUGA